AUGUCAACCGAAACCGAGGGUACGUUUGAGGUGGGGGGUGCCAGCCUGUACACAAAGACCUGGACGCCCGAGGGACCCAUCCGGGCCAAGGCCGUCUUGUUGCAUGGCUUCAGUGACCACAUCGGCUGGUACAACGACGUCUGCCGCGUCCUGGCAUCCAACGGCAUCCAAGUCUUUGGCUUCGACCAGCGCGGAUGGGGUCGCAGUGUCAGGAAGCCCUCUGACAAGGGCAACACUGGCCCGACGACCCAGAUCACUGCCGACAUCGCCGCUUUCUUGCAGAGCAAGCUGCCCUCGGAAGUGCCGGUCUUUGUCCUCGGCCAUUCCAUGGGCGGCGGCGAGGCCAUCACGCUCGCGGCUGAUCCGCAGUACGCCGAGCUGGUGAGCCAGGUGCGCGGCUGGAUACUCGAGGCGCCGUUCAUCGGCUUCGCACCUGAGGAGGUCCCCAGUUCGAUCAAGAUCGCUGCUGGACGACUGAUGGGCAGACUCCUCCCGCAUUUCCAGUUGAAGCAUGUCGUCACACCAGAGAACCUGACGCGAAGGCCUGAGAUAGGCAAGGGGUUCCGGGACGAUCCGCUGUGCCACGAUACGGGCACGUUGGAGUGCUUGGCGGCGCUGCUCGACCGCACCGCAGCUCUGCAGUCGGGAUCCGUCAAGCUCGGCAGCGAGGUGAAGGCGCUAUGGCUUGGCCAUGGCGACGUUGACAUGGCGUGCAGCUACGAUGCGGCCAUCAAGUACAUAGAGAACCAGGACAUCGCAGACAAGGUCAUCAAGACGUACAAGGGCGGGUAUCAUGCGCUACACCUGGACCUGUGUCAGGAUGAGUUUGCAAAGGAUGUCGUCAACUGGGUCCUAGAGAGGAGCCCGGAUAAUGGCAAGAUCGAGGCAAAGCUAUAG